UCAAGUACGAGUCGUAUUCCGAUCCGAAAGGUGAAGCACGUGUUCUUAUUUCCUACCCGAAUAGUUAGUGUGAAGAAGGCACAAUGUCGUCCCCAAAGGCUGCUGUCCCUUCGGAUUUAUUCCCCUACAUUCAUCAGUUUAUAGUAGAAUGUGGAUUGACUAAAACUGCCGCUUCUUUCAAGAAGGAAGUUCUCCGGAGCACAAGCAGCAAGGUGAAACUUGAUGACCCUCCGACAACCCUGCUUGAAAUUUACCAGCAUCAUCUAUCCAGUGCUCGGCAUGGAGCAGCGGCCAGCAGCAGCUCAAAGUCAGUGAAACAGCGUGUCGCAGCCGCACUGGAGCAGGACUUGUCAAAGAGUGCUUACAAAGGCAUCACAGUAAAGGAUGUGGCCAAGGGCAAAGCUCUGCCAAAGAAAGUGCAAGAGUCGUCAUCUAGCGAGAGUAGUGAUGACAGUAGUGACGAAUCAGAGCCACAAACCAAGAAGGCGCCUGCCAAGAAGCCGGCAGCCAAUGGCAAGUCGGCAAAGAAGAAGGCACAGGAAUCAUCAUCAUCAUCAUCAUCAUCAUCAAGCUCCAGUGACAGCAGUGAUGAAUCCGAGCCUGAGCCUGUGAAGAAAACGCCGGUGAAAAAGCCCGCCACAGCGAGCAAAGCAGCAGCAAAGCCGAAAGCAGCAGCGAAGAAAGCACAGGAAUCAUCGUCAUCAAGUGAUAGCAGCAGUAGCAGCAGCAGUGAUGACUCUGAGCCCGAACCUAUGCAAGUAACACCUACCAAGAAGCCUGCCAAGAAGCCUGCAACACCCGCCAAGGCUUCUGCCAAGAAAGCUGCCAAAGAUUCCUCAUCUAGCUCCAGCUCUUCAGACAGCAGCAGCAGUAGCAGCAGCGAUGAGUCAGAGCCUGAGCCUCCCAAGAAGAAGCCAGCCGCCGCUAAGAAAGCACCUACACCCAGCAAACCAGCAGCCAAGAAAGCUGCUUCCAGCUCCAGUGAAAGCAGCAGCAGCAGCGAAGAGAGCAGUGACAGCAGUGAUGAUUCGGAACCUGCUCCCAAGAAGAAGACUGCUGCGACCAAGAAGGCUGCCACCCCAAGCAAGGCCGCAACCAAGAAGAAGGCUCAAGAAUCUUCUUCCAGCUCUAGCAGUGACAGCAGCAGCAGCGAUGACAGCAGUAGUGAGGAGUCGGAAGCUGAACCAGCAAAGAAGAAAGCAGCAGCAAAGAAAACUAGUGCCAGUGCUCCCGUCACUCCUGUGAACAAGAAGCGGAAACAUGAAGAUGAUGAAGAUGAAGCACCAGUGUCCGCUGGAAAAGCAAAGAAGUCCAAGUCUCCUGGCACGCCAUUCCGGCGCAUCAUUUCAGAAGAGAUUACAGUCGACUCGCGACUCCAGGACAACUCAUUCGAAGCAAAGAAAGGAUCACCGGGUGACUGGGGAUCCCGUGCCAAUGACUCACUGAGAGUCACAAAGGGCAAGUCGUUCCGUCAUGAGAAAACGAAGAAGAAGCGUGGAAGCUACCGUGGUGGUGCUAUCGACAUGGGUGUCAACUCGGUUGUGUUCGACAGUGACUGACCUCGCACUGCUGAUGGUGGAUAGUAAGUUGGCGACGCACGUCCCACUGUUCAACCCUAUCCCCCAUUCACUGCAGGCGUCGAAUGCAGAGUUCUUCCCUGCAUUCAGAUGGUGUUACAUCUCCCGUGGCGUUUUGCCCGGACAAGAUCUGUCCGGUAACGAACAAGCAUCAAAAGUGCCAAGCAGCUCCCUGACUUGCUUCCGAAGCCUACUAGUAUCUUCCUAUCCGGUCGAUGUGUGCUUUCUCCGCAGGAAAUUGCCUUCCUGCUGUUGGUAAAGUCCUGAUGUGCUCGCUGCAUGUGGGCUUUUCGUAUUCUGCUCAGCAUCAAUAGGCAGGCACUGCCUUGCUCCACUGCUGGUGAAUAUUUUUUUGGAUAUUGUCUAUAUUCUGCUACCGCCAGUGCUUGAAUGCUUUAUUCUUGAACAUGCAUGUGAAAGUCUUGCACGGCAAACUCUCUCCCUCUCUGUAAUUUAUGUAGUACUGAUCAAUCGAGUGGCGCCAUUAUCAUGGCCGUACCCUGA